AUAUAUGUUUCACAGACAAAAAACAAGCAUCGGCUAACUGGGUCUAUAGUUAGGGUUUAAGUGAAAUUGGGGCUAUUGAGAGAAGAUCAAAAUCGCAGAUGGAAUCCGGUGUUAAAGUGGAGAUUCAUCAUGGUGGGCAGUUCACGACAAAGAAUGGGAUAAGAUACUACAAAGGAGGUAAAACUGAAUACAUCUAUGAUCAAGCCGUAGAUAAUAUAUCAGUUGCUAUAUGUGAAAAAUUCAUCAGUGCUGAUCUUGGUUAUAAGAAUUUUAAAAUUUAUUGGCUUAAGGAUGGAUCAUCAUUUGAUAGUAAUGGAUGUAGGUUGUUAUGGAAUGAUGAAAUAAUACAUGAGAUGUGUGCAGAUGCAUUAAUUAAUGGUAGAAUAAAUAUUUAUGUGGACCAUGCUUGCGAAGAGAGUGAUAAGAUUGAGGCUGAUAAUCACAGUGAUGCUGAUGACAGUGAAUAUGAUGAAUGUGAAAGUGAGGAGAGUGAAAAUGAAAGUAUUGAUAUUGAGGAUGAAUAUGACACUGAUCAUGAUGAGGAGUUUGUCGAUAUAAUUAAAAAGAAGAAAGAAGUGUAUCAAGCUAAAAAGAAUCCAAUGGAAGUUGCAUACGAGGAGAAACUAAAAAAAAGGUUGAGGCUAGUCAAUUAAAUGAUGAAACUGGAUGGGAGAGUGAGUAUGAGAGUGACUCUUUUAAAUUGAAUGAACCAGAGUCAACAGAUUCUAGUGAUUUGGAGGUUGAGUCUAGUAGAAGAGUGGAGAAAAAUAAGUCGAAAUCAAAGGGAUUUACAACAUUUAAUCCAAACACCCUUAUGAAACACAUUGAAUUUGAGAUUGGACUUGUGUUUACUAGUGCAUUUGUUUUAAAAAAUGCUAUCAUUGACUAUGCUGUGGAACAGAAGAGAGACAUUUGGUUUAGUAAAAAUGACUUGCAGAGGGUUCAAGCUAAGUGCCAGGUGUUGUGCCAGGCAUAUAUAUGCUAAUUGGAGAAAGAAUCAUCCAGGAGUUGUUCUUAAAAAUAUGUUUUGGAGGGCUGCAAAGACUUCAACAGUUGAGGAGUUUAAUCUAAUCAUGGAGGAGAUUAAAGGUAUAUCCCCACUUGCCUACACUGAUUUGGUUAAGACAGAACCAAGAUAUUGGUCCAGAGCAUUUUUUGAUAUCUUAACUGCUUGCGAAAUGGUUGACAAUAAUUUAUCUGAGUGCUUUAACAGUUGGAUAGUAGAGGCAAGAUACAAGCCUAUUAUUCAAUUGUUAGAUGACAUAAGGUUGCAAAUUAUGGAAAGAAUUCAUAAAAAAAGAGAUGCAAUGUCUGCAGUUGAGUGUAAAAUAUGUCCAAGAAUCAUUAAAAAAUUGAAUAAAUGUAUUGAGGGUACUCAAUUCUGUAAAUCAACAUGGACUGGUGGGGAUGAGUGUGAAGUCCGAGACACUAAUGGGGGACAGUGGGUGGUAGAUAUGGUGAAUAAGGUAUGUAGUUGUAGAAGAUGGCAGUUAAGUGGCAUUCCAUGUAUUCAUGGAUGUGUUGCACUAUUUAGUAUGAAUCGAAAUCCCGAGGAAAAAGUUGAUGAUUGUUUCAGUAAAGCUGUAUACAUGAAAGCUUAUGAAAAUAUACUCAGGCCAAUGAAAGGUGCUAUGUUCUGGCCACAUACCGGUCUUCCUGACAUUCUUCCCCCAAAGGCAAGAAGAAUGCCCGGGAGACCUAAGAAAAAUAGGAGAAAGGAACAGGGUGAAGUUGGGGCCGGGAUGAAGUUAGGAAAAAAAGGGGUGGCAAUGAGAUGCAGUAAGUGUCUACUCUAUGGUCACAAUAAAACAACUUGUAAAGCAAGUGAUGAAGAAAUCAAUGAAAGACAAAGAGAAGCUGCUGAGGCAAAAAAGGCUCAUAGUGAGGCUGCAAGGGCCCAAGCUGCAGCAAAGAGGAAGAAGGUAACAAGUCAAAAAAAGAAGCCUGACGUUGCAGACCAAGUUGAACAACCAAAAAGAAAACGGGGAAGACCACCUAAGGCAGCCAAUGUUCAUGUGCUGCCUCAGCCACUUCCACUACCUCCACCAGGUGUAGGGGUUUACAAAUGUAACAAGGAUGGUCAUACUUACUUCUCAACAACAACCGAAACAAUCAGAGUAACUAGUUCACAACCAGUAGGAUCGACUUCAGCUCCUGCAACUACAAAAAGAGUUCAUAGCUCAAGCCAACCUACUGGAGGAAAAAAACGGUGAAUGUGAACUUUGGAGGUUUAGAGUACAAAAUGUGGACUACUUUUACAAGAAUUUAAGAUGUCUGGUAUUAAAAUUAUGAGUAUUUUGGAAUAUUUUUGCUACUUAGUAUUUGUUUUAUUUUUAAGCUAUUUAUUCCAAUGUAAUAUCAGUACACUAUCACUUAAUGUUCAAGUACUCUAUUUCAAUCUUA